CCUUCUCCCUCAACUCGUCUUUCCCACAGUUCCCCCAUCUUGCUCAUUCCUCUCCUCUCCAUCGCUUCAUCAUGUCUUGCUACAAGGGCAAAUACGCCGAUGAGCUAGCUCGCAAUGCUGCCUACAUUGGCACUCCCGGAAAGGGAAUUCUCGCUGCUGACGAGUCCACUGGCACCAUCGGCAAGCGUCUCUCCAGCAUCAACGUUGAGAACAGUGAGGAGAACAGGCGUGCUCUCCGUGAGCUCCUCUUCACUGCUCCUGGUGUCCUCCAGUACCUCAGUGGAGUGAUCCUCUUCGAGGAGACCCUGUACCAGAAGACCAAGUCAGGGAAGCUCUUUGUUGAUGUCAUGAAGGAAGGUGGAGUCCUCCCUGGUAUCAAGGUUGACACCGGCACUGUUGAGCUUGCUGGAACCAACGGUGAGACCACCACCCAGGGACUCGACGGUCUUGCUGCAAGAUGUGCCAAGUACUACCAAGCUGGUGCCCGGUUCGCCAAGUGGCGUGCUGUCCUCAAGAUCGGCACGAACGAGCCGUCCCAGCUGGCCAUCAACGAGAAUGCAAACGGCCUGGCCCGCUACGCCAUCAUCUGCCAGGAGAACGGCCUGGUGCCCAUUGUCGAGCCCGAGAUCCUCGUCGACGGCUCCCACGACAUCAAUAAGUGCGCAGACGUGACCGAGCGCGUCGUCGCUGCCUGCUACAAGGCCCUCAACGAUCACAAGGUCUUCCUCGAGGGCACCCUCCUGAAGCCCAACAUGGUGACUCCCGGAUCAGACGCCAAGAAGGUGUCUCCUGAUGUCAUUGCCGAGUACACUGUCCGUGCCCUCCAGAGGACCAUGCCUCCUGCAGUCCCCGCCGUGGUGUUCCUCUCCGGUGGACAGAGCGAGGAGGAGGCUACCGUGAACCUCAACGCCAUGAACAAGCUCCAGACCAAGAAGCCAUGGACACUGUCCUUCUCUUUCGGACGUGCCCUCCAGCAGAGCACCCUCAAGGCCUGGGCUGGCAAGGAGGAGAACUGGAAGAAGGCGCAGGAUGCUUUGCUCACCAGGUGCAAGGCCAAUUCCGAGGCAGUGCUCGGGAAGUACAAGGGCGAUGCUACCCCUGCUGAGGGCGCUUCGGAGAGCCUGCACGUCAAGGACUACAAGUACUGAGCAGUGGAAAGGUCAGAUCCUUUGGCGGCGUUUAGUUGUUUUCUAGGCUUCGUUUUGUUCCCUCUUUUUUCCUACCGGCAUUUAACAUUUAGGUUUGAAAAAUGGAAGGAACAGAGAAUAAGUGGGGAAGCUUUUUUGUUGAGUGUUUUGAUCACUUUUGGGUCAAUUUCUUCUUCGGCUUAAGGGAAGGCAUAUAUCUGUGUUUGAUAUGUUUUUGCUUCAAAACUUGGUGUCUACAUUUCUGGUUGUAUUUACUAUUGUUCUGCUGACGUUUGAGUUCAAUUAAGUCAGCAUUUUCUUUAACUAAUUGCGUUGUUUGUAUAAUAAUACACUUCCUACCAAGGCUAAGCUUGUAGUGUGUCCUUGGAUUGGAGGUAUAAGCUUUUGUUAAGCUUGGUCGCUCUGGUUACUUGGUAAUGCAGCCAUCUGCGUAAUUGUAG